UAUAGAACACGGUGUAUAAUAUAUAUUUUAUUUAUAAUCUUAAUGGUUUAAUAUUUGUAAUUUAAUUAAGAAUAAUCUCAGUGCAACAAAAUACAUAAACACGUCUGUACUGUUAUUUUAAGAUUAAACAGCGUUUAUCUUUUCGACUGUUUAAUAAAUUAAAAAUGUGAUUACAGAUUUGUAUUUCCUAGUAUACAAAACAUCAUUACAAUAACAUCGUUCCAAAAACAUGUCAAAAGAAACAUAGUGUACCAUUGCAUUUGACAAAUAACUGAAACAUGAAAUAAAUGUAUGCACUUUACAAUUAGAAAAAGUAUAAUAGCUAUUAUCCCUAUACACGUUAAACUCAUGCAAUACAUUUUAAAAUUAUAUUCUUCCCUUAACAUUUGCGUCUAUUUCCAACAAAUACGUUCUGCGUUUCACUAUAAAAUGUAGAAAUGCAACAAAUUUGGACCAAGCUUUGCUGUUUGCUUGACUUUCAGGUCCUGUGGAGCCAACCAGGCAUUCGCCAAUCAUAGUGGCUCACAGAGGGAAUGGACCAAUCAGCGCUUUGCUAUGUUGAAUAUUCAUGACUCCUUGAUUCAAACCUUUGAGGCGAGUUUGUGUAGAUCCACAGCAUCAUGGUUAGACUUUUCACAGAGACAAACUCCAUUUUCUUAUGAAUGGAAAGUGAAAAAAUCAGAUCAGCUUAAAUUGGGAUCCAUCCUUCACUGAGAUCAUAGAAGAAAACAAAAAGGAAGAGAAGGGAUCAGCCAGAAGAGAUGACAAUGACUGCAAUGCCAGAAAGUCUUAAUAGCCCUGUCUCGGGGAAGGCGGUUUUCAUGGAAUUUGGUCCACCAAGUCAACAAAUGUCGCCUUCCUCCAUGUCUCAUGGACAUUACUCCAUGCACUGUUUACAUUCCGCGGGUCACUCUCAACACGAAAGCUCAUACAGCGCUCCUUCGUCUUUCCCGAGGUCUCUGGGUUAUCCAUAUGUCAGCUCGGUCGGCAGCCAUUCCUCAAGUCCAUACAUCAGCACAGUGCAGUCGUAUCAGAGCAGCUCGACUCUAACCCAGACGCGGUUAGAGGACACAGCAGAGCCAGAAAAAAACACAGUGGUGGAAGGUGGAGAAGUUCGAUUUAACGGGAAAGGGAAAAAGAUCCGCAAACCCAGGACUAUUUAUUCCAGUUUGCAGCUACAGGCUUUGAACAGGCGCUUCCAGCAAACUCAGUACCUGGCUCUCCCGGAAAGAGCUGAACUAGCAGCUUCCAUGGGGCUUACACAAACACAAGUAAAGAUUUGGUUCCAGAACAAGCGAUCCAAGUUCAAGAAACUGCUGAAGCAAGGCGGGGGAUCUUUGGAAAGUGCAUUAGCUAAUGGAAGAAGUCUGUCAGCCACCUCGCCUCCUGUUCCCGCGGUCUGGAACGCUACGUCCUCUGGAAAGACAUCAGCAGGGACGGCGGGCACUUACAUCCCCAGCUACACUUCAUGGUAUCCUUCAGCACACCAAGAAUCUAUGCAGCAACCCCAACUGAUGUGAUAAGAAAUCGCCCCCACCCCCACCCCAACCCUCUAAGAUCACUGCUGGUCCAAAACAGAGGGAUCACCGGGCAGCUAAAGCAAAGAAUGCACAGCACCCUCGUCCAUUGCAGACAAGCACAUAUGCGAUGCGGAGCUUGUUCUCAACUGCUGACAGUUGACAGAUCAGCCUCCUAAAACCGUUACCCCAUCCAUAGAACAGCCGGGGAGCAGAAUGGCGCUGCGUGUAGGGGCAACAAGAAUGCCUUUUUUGUGUUGCGAGUCUAGAGAGAGCGAGAGGAUGGAGAAGAAAUAUAGGCCAUUAAAGCUGCUGUAUCGCAUUUCUGUGACCUCCUGCUGUAAAAUUAGAUGUAAACACGGUUUUGAGCCUUUAUGAUCAAUUGUACAUUUACUAUAAAUGUCAAAUUUGCGUACUGGUCAUAAACUGUAUGUUUGUGUGCUUCACAUUUUAUUUAAAUUCAUGUAAUUGUAUAGUUCGUUUAUUUAAAACAAGUGUUUGGUGUAUUUGUAAAAAGUUAUUAGUCCUAAAUACCACUUUUACUGCUGCAGUGACACAAACAUUAUUUGGGUCAUUAAAGCCAUAAGCCAACCUCUAAUUGGGACAUUGGUAUUUGGCAAACCCCUAGUUUUAAAAUAAGCUCCAUAUAUUUUAAUAACAUUUUUCUGAAAUGAGGUUUUGCAGCUUUAAAGAAACAGCCUUUUCAAAACAACCUUAAUGCCAAUACGUUCUGGCGCUGCACAGUUUGAAGUGCACAGUCGGACUGAUGUAUAUAAAUGUACUAUUUAAAUAUGAUGCAUAUAUUUCUUGUUUUUGUUUUGUGUGGCUGUAUACAUGAUGCAUUGUGAAAUGGAAUUUUACCUGUGAAUAUGGAACAUGUGUUAAUGGAAUAAGUGUGUUUAGCGUUCUAUAUGUUAAAGUUUAGUUUUAUAUUGAAAAUGUUAAUUUAUUAUUUGUAUUAUUUAAAAUGUAAAUACUGUGUAAAGCUUCAAGACAGUAAAAUUAUGAUUUUAAAAGGA